UUUUAAUUUGUGACUUGCGGUUCUUUCGCCUGAAACGCCACUUCAAUAUUUUCAAGUGAGCGGCUAUGAAAGCAAUUUUAAAGUCUCUUGCGAUGUGAUAUAUGUUUACAUGAUUCUGUUAAUAUAAUGUUGUACAGUAACCUAUGCCAUGUGUCGGACAGGAUACUUUUUGGCGUGCACUGCACACUAUGGCCGAUUUAGCCAGCACUAGUCGUCAUGAAAAGUCGUUAGGUCUUUUAACAACCAAAUUUGUGCAUUUGCUGAAAAACGCACAAAAUGGGGUUUUGGACUUGAAAAUGGCUGCAGACGAACUGGCUGUGCGACAAAAACGGAGGAUCUAUGACAUCACAAACGUCCUUGAAGGAAUUGGACUUAUUGAAAAACGCUCAAAAAACAGUAUCCAGUGGAAAGGAGCUGGGCCUGAGUGCAAUGACGGGGACAUAGCCGAAAAAAUUAACAUUUUACGGCAAGAAAUACAAUCGCUUGAACAAACUGAGCUAGACCUGGAUCGGCAGAAGACUGGCGUACAUCAGAGCCUACGUAAUGUCACUGACGAUGUGGAUAAUAACAAACUUGCAUAUGUAACACAUGAGGACUUGUGUCGUUGUUUUCCAGGAGAUACACUGCUUGCAAUACAAGCACCAUCUGGAACCCAACUAGAAGUUCCUAUACCAGAAAUGGCUGACCCAAAUAAAAGAUACCAAGUUCACCUUAAAUCUACCUCUGGCCCUGUAUCCGUUCUAUUAGUCAACAAAGACACAAGUAGUCCUGCUGUGGUGGUACCUGUACCCCCUCCACCCCAAGCUGAAACAGCUAAACCAACAGAGUUGCCUCUACCAAGCAUGCAAACUGACACUAACUUUUUAGAUGAUUUCCCAUGCAGUGAUACAUUCGAGCCACUGCUCAGUCUUUCCCCACUACCUUCAGACCAAGACUAUUACUUCAACUUAGAUAUGAGUGAGGGUGCGUGCGACCUUUUUGACAUUUCGCUGCCGUAAUUUCUUCUUUUGUAAUAUCAGCUUUUUGUUGCAACCAGCAUGUGAGGUACAAUGUUCAUUGUACAUGACUUUCAAUUCAAUAUUUUCACCAGUACCCAUGUUUUUAGUGGGAUUAUCUAUGUUGUGUGGCAUCAAUAGUUAUGUAUACAUGCUUCUAUUCUCUGUGGGUAAAGUCCUUAUUAAAUUUAGGCCAGAUGUCCCACAUUACCCUAAAUAUAUACCUUAUUUUACAUGUUGUCCUUAUUUGUAAAUUUUAACUAUCAUAAUUAAUUUUACCCAUUUUUCAACAAAGUUUUAUAAAAAUUGGCUUAUUUGGUUAUUUUUCGUAUAACCAGCUCAAAUUUUAGCAUAAUUUUAUUUCAAAUUUGUCAACAAAAUUUAUUUUAAAGUGUUAAUGCACGUUUGUUACUGGUGUAUCAUAGUAAAACAUUAGUUUAAUUAUUGUAUUUAAGUAAUUUUACCCUAGAUUUUUAGCAUCAUUUUAAGCUAAGCAGGUUCUGCUUUAUUUACUCUAAAAUGCUUUUUUCUUGUUUGUAUUUUUAUUUCCCACGUAGCUACACUGAUUAGCAUAUAGCCCACCCACACUUUAGGCAUUGGUAUUUGUGCGUGUCUGCCAGAUUGUAAAGAAUGCUCUUAGCAGAGAGAAAAUUAUUUAAAAAAAAAACACAUCGCAAAAAAUUGUUUAAGACAAAAAAAAAACAGAGCAAAAAAGUUGUGUAAAUCUUUCCUUUGCACAAAAAGCAAACUUUACAAUCUGGUAUGUCUGUCUACAUUAGAUUAUUUUCCUUAUAAUGUGUUCUUGGGCAUAAAAGCCAUUUUAAUUAUGACUUCAUUUUCUACAUUCACUGCCAUUUAAACAAUAUCGUACAUUGUAG